AUGUCUACCACCACAACAGCCUUAGAACAGUCAUCUCUCACGUGGAAUGACCUGCCUUCCGAAGUCAUACUCGACACCAUUGCCAGCAUUGACUUCGAUUGCGAGACUCUAAGGAACCUCAUGCUAGUGAACAAACGCACAUACAACAUCGUCACCACCUACGAAUCCUCUCUAUGCGCCGGAUUCGCCAAGAACCAGCUCCGUUCCACGAUACCCCGGUUCCCGGACAUCAUUCGGCCAGGCAGCCGGUAUUAUACCCGAAAGUAUGGGUUCGAGAUGCUCGCCCAGAUCCACCACCGCUCAAAAACAGCCUCGGAGCUGUACCGACGCGUGAUUGAAAACGACGGCUGCUGGGUCGACGGCUGGUACAAGCUCUUCGAGAGCGGGAUACUGCUGCUCUUCCGGCUGCAAGAACACGUGACGCACAAUGCCAAAAUCAACUUCAUCUACUCGCUGCCGCCCAAUUCGCUCGCGGCUCUCUUCAUCGCCAUCACGCAGAGCCUCAAGGCGUGCGAAAACGCCGGCGGCGGCAUGAUCCACCGCGACCGGCAGCCGGCCGACCCCCUCGACCGCAGCAUGCUGCACCUCGUCUUCGAGGACCUGGUGCUGCAGCGCGGCCCGCAGUUUGUCCUAGAUACCCUCACGCACGCCCCACCCGCGUCAGCGCUCCUCCGCCACCUCUACGCCAACCUCGACGCCGUUCAGCGUCCCGACGCGCUCGGCAACCCUCCGCUGAAGAGCCUCGUCUCGCAGCUGCGCACCGCGCUGGCGAACCAGACCGGCUGCGCCAUCAACGGCUGCCUCGCUACCGUGCUGUGCAUGGCGAGUGCGCGCCCGCUGGCCGACCUCGACGAAAACGGCUUGCUGGAUGUGGUGUGCGGGCCUGAGCGUAUUCGGUGGUAUGAUGAUGAUGAUGAUGAUGAUGAUGAUGAUGAUGAUGAUGAUGAUGAUGAUGAUGGGGAGGAGGAUGGGGAUGGGGGAGACGGCGAUGAGGGGGCGUGGGGCGGUUGGAGGGCGGGCAUGGCUGGGAGGGGUGACGAGGGCGUGGGCGAGCCGUAG